AUGGCUGAUAUCAAUGAUGAAAGUUGGGACUUUCUGGAUGAUGACAAAAUAAUUGAAGCGGUAGUUAACAAUACAAAAUCAUCAAAACCUUUGACUUUGAAAAAGUAUUUACAACAACAAGAUAAUCACGCUACUACCAAAACUUCUCCAUCAGUAUCCAAAAUCACAAUCCCUACUCAUCAUGAAAUGGACUUCAAUGAAUUAAAAACAUACAUAUAUCCUACAAAUUUUGAAGUUAGAGAUUAUCAAUACAAUAUAGUAAGAAAAGCAUUUUAUGAUAAUUUAUUAGUUGCAUUACCUACUGGUUUAGGUAAAACAUUUAUAGCAUCAACAGUAAUGUUAAAUUUUCUACGAUGGUUUCCAAAUUCCAAGAUUAUUUUCAUGGCACCUACUAAGCCGUUAGUAGCUCAACAAAUCAAGGCAUGUUGUUCAAUUACAGGCAUAUCAAGUUCAAAAGUUGCAAUUUUAUUAGAUAAAACAAGGAAAAAUAGAGAAGAAAUAUGGAAUUCACGUCAAGUUUUUUUCACUACACCCCAAGUUGUUGAGAACGAUCUAGCUUCUGGAGUUGUUGAUCCGAAAUCAAUUGUUUUAUUGGUUAUUGAUGAAGCACAUCGAGCAAGAGGAAAUUAUUCGUACAAUAAUGUGGUAACUUUUUUGAGAAGAUUUAAUGAUUCUUUCAGGACAUUAGCGUUAACAGCAACACCUGCUGCUGACGUUGAAGGAGUCCAAGACGUGAUUGAUAACUUAAAGAUAUCAAAAGUGGAAGUUAGAACUGAAGAAAGUAUUGAUAUAGUCAAAUAUAUGAAGAAGAAAAAGAUAAGCAGACGUGUACUAGAAAUUUCUCCAGAAAUCAAAGAAUGCAUUGAUUAUUUGGCCUCCGCGAUUGAACCCGUUUUGAAGACAGCUAAUGAGAAAGGAUUAAUCGACACACAGGAUCCUACAAAAAUCAAUCAUUUUAGAUGUAUGGAUGCAGCUAGAAAAUUAACAAUGAAUAAAUCUAUACCUGAGGGGAUUAAAUGGGCAAAUUAUUUCAUGUUACAGCUACUUGGAGUUGUUGGUCAAUGUUAUAGAAGAUUAAACAUAUAUGGUGUCAAUUCAUUUUUCAGUUAUUUUACAGAGAAACAUUCUGAAUUCACUACAAAAUGGAAGAAAAAGAAAUCAAAAAACAAACUAAGUGCUGACUUUUACUUUAACGAUUCAAUUGAAAAACUUCUUGAAAGAAAAGAUGAGAUACUUUCAAACGGUGCCUAUAGUCAUCCUAAAAUAGAAGCUUUAAUGGUAGAAUUGGAAGAUUUUUUCAAAGAUCGAGUAGAUCCAACUUCAAGAGUUAUUAUUUUUACAGAAUAUCGUGAAUCUGCAUUAGAAGUUGUCAAGAGUAUUGAAAAAGUUGGAGGAGAUUUAAAACCUCACAUUUUCAUUGGUCAAGCUAAAGAAAAAGAGAAGUUUGAUGAAGAAAAUUACGGUAAAAAGAAGGGAUCAAAGAAAAAGAAAGACAAAGAUGAAUCAAGAACUUCCGAAAGAACUAGUUCUGAGAAUGCUCAAGUUAGUGGUAUGAAUCAGAAACUUCAAAAAGAAAUUAUUAAAAAAUUUAAGAAAGGUGAGUAUAAUAUUUUGGUGGCAACAUCCAUUGGAGAAGAAGGGUUAGAUAUAGGUGAAGUUGAUUUGAUAAUUUGUUAUGACUCCACUGCGUCACCAAUUAAAAACAUACAACGAAUGGGUAGAACUGGUCGUAAAAGAGAUGGUAAGGUACUUUUAUUGUUUUCCAGUAAUGAAGAAUCUAAAUUUGAUAAAGCAAUGGCAGGAUAUGAAUACAUUCAAAGUCAUAUAAUGAAGGGUGAUUUAAUAACAUUAUGUCAACAAAAUAGAAUCAUACCAGAUCAUUUCUCACCAGCAGUUGUUGAAAAAUAUAUUGAAAUACCAGAAGAAAAUAUUGAAUUGAAACAAGAAGACGAUGAAGAUGAAAUUAUUAGAAUAGCAACUCAAUAUAUGUUGGGAAGUACACCUAAAAAAUCAAAUAAACGACAGCCAAUACAAAAACGUCAAAAGAGAUUUUUCAUGCCAGAUAAUGUUGAAACGGGUUUUCAGAAUGUUUCAGAUAUGUUGAAGAAAGCAAGUCCGGAAAGCUCCACUGACAUUGAAAAUGUUUCUGACAUGUUGAAGAAAACAAGUCCCGAAAGUUCCACUAGCAUUACUAAAACUGCUAGAGGCCAUGACCUUUUUGAUGGAUCUCUGGAUUUUGAUAGUGAUAUUGACCUUACAGUUGAAAAUAGCUUUCGCAAACCAAUACCUCCAGACAAUUCGAAGAAUCUUCCAAUUCAAAAGCGUCAGCUCAUUGAAUCAAGUGGUGAUGAAGAUGAAAUCAAACGUGAAAACACACCAGAAACAUCAGUUAUUCAUGAUGUUGAUGCUGAUUUGAAAAGCAAUAGCUCGAGCCAUCAACCUGACACAUUUGAAUUUAGUGAUGAUGACUUGGAAAUUUUACAAGUCAUAGAAACUCCAAAUAAGAAAUUAGACGAAAAAACGAAAAUCAAGCAACCAUCUAUUAUCAAAUUGGAAGAGAAAAAGAAAAUCAAACAACCAUCCACUGAUACAUCGCUCAACGAGGAACCCAAAAUCAAAAAACCGAAAAUUGAAAAAUUACCAACAAAAAAUAAUUUGAUUGAAAAACAUGGAUCGCAUAAUGAGUCAAAACGUAAAGAACCGCCACUCACAGUCAAGAACAAAUCACUUGGGAUUAAAAGACCUAAAAAUUCAGAUAUUCUACUGAAGUUGAAGCAACACUCCGAUAAGCAUGUGUCAAAAAUUAGGAAUAUAAGUUUAGGAUUGCAGAAACCAGUCCCCAUCAAUACAAAACAAGAUGCUAUAGAAAUUGAAGAUGAUCUUGAUGAUGAUUUAGAUGAGGUAAUAGCCCAUUAUAUUUGA